GUUGUUGAUUGACCAAAAGAACCUAUGACAUGACCUCUUCGUUUACGGAAAUUACGUCAUGCAUAGUUACAAAACAACCACAACCAUUAUUUUAGAGACGCCGAAACGCCAUCCAUCGAAAUGGGUUUAUUAGGUUUAUUACGAAAACUGAAGUCAGAGCCUAACAAAGAACUCAAAGUGUUACUGCUUGGCUUGGAUAAUGCAGGAAAAACAACAAUUCUAAAAGCAUUAGCUGGCGAAGACUACACCAAGAUCACACCUACUCGGGGAUUCAACAUCAAAAGCGUCAGCACACAAAAAUGGAAAUUAAACGUCUGGGACAUUGGAGGGCAAAGAAAAAUUCGGCCAUAUUGGAAGAAUUAUUUUGAUAACAUUGAUGUACUUAUAUAUGUAGUGGACAGUGCUGAUACACUUAGGAUGGAAGAGGCUGGGUUGGAAUUGAAUGAACUGAUACAAGAUGAAGAAAAAUUAGCUGGAGUCCCUGUACUAGUGUUUGCCAAUAAACAAGAUUUGCCAUUGGCCAAGAGAGCUUCUGAUAUUUCCAAGGAUUUAUUACUAAGUAGUAUUCGAGAUCGUAAAUGGCAGAUUCAGGCAUGUUCCGCCUACACACAAGAAGGACUUGAGAAUGGAAUGACAUGGGCAGUUCAAACAACCGCAAAGAAGUAAAGAAUGAUAAAAUCUGAAAUCUGAAGAAUGAAUACUGUACCAUUCCGUGAGGAUCAUUAGGAAGAAUUCAUGGAUGGAUGAUGGCAUAAAUUGAGAGCAUACACUUUCAGAAUUUUGUUUGUUACAUUUAAACAGAUAAGGUUUGAUAGUGAGCUUGCUUCAGGCAUAAAUGUGUGUCUUUCCAUGUAUGUUGCUUUGUAUCAUCAGACAAAAAAAGUCAGACAGACAAACCUCUUCAAGCCAACUCUUCAACUUUUUCUCAGUCUGCCUCACAGUGACAUAUCUAGUAGUCAUAAAAUGGGGAAUAAUGGGGUGGGGUGCAAACUUAAAGCGGGAGGCCUCGAUGAAGAAGUGAAAGGCGCUAGCUGGUAAAACAUGGUGAUAUGAGGUGAUUUGUAACUACUUGAGCGUAAUGUUUUUGCCUAGAAAUCUUUCAGUGAGGGGUAACUGGAGAGCGCGAUCUUUUUAAGGGGGGAUGCACACCCCUGUAGAUAUGCCACUGCUGCAAUUUAUAUACAGACCUUUAUUCUUAGUAACUAAAAAAUUGUCAGUAAGUAAUUGUAUGUUAAUAUGGUAGUAUUUCAGACUAAUAUUCGAUAAUGUAGGCUUUGUGUACUGCACUCACUUAAGCAACUGUUAUUGAAAUAGGUGUAUUGUAAUAGUUUUUUUAUCGUAUAGAACCUCUUUUUAUUAGCAAAAUAUUUGAUACCUAAAAGAUUACUCUAAUAGUGUCCAUGAGGCUGAACAUUUUUACUAUUAGAAUAAUUGUGGGUAUUGAAGCUUUAUGGAGGUAUUAAAUAGUUUGAGUUUAGGCAAAACCUUUUUAUACCUUGUUUCGCAAACCCACUGCCAGCCAAUAAAGAUGACUUCAAUUUCAAAUAAAAGUGAAGAAAUAUAAAUACCAGAGAUAUUUUUUUAAAUUAUUUUAUUACUCCUACUGCUAUAAAAUCCUCCAAUAAGAUAACUAUUUCUUCCUCAAUAUUUAAUUAAUAUAAACUAUUUAUCAAUCUGAUUCCUUAUGACUACACAAUAAAAUCUUGGGAGAGGGCCAAAGAGUGCCCUCUAUUGUUUUUACCUCACACACUCACUUCAUUUAUCAUUCAAUAAAUUUAUAUUUUUAUUCUUUCCUCUUAGAAAAUUUUGGCAGAAUCAUUUUGCUAAAUAAUCUAUUUUUUCCCUCCCUCCAUGGUAAUGAUCUUUCAAAAUAAAGUUUGCUAAACAAGGUAUAAAAUAAGUACAGUAUUGUAUUAUCAGAGCCAGUAAAAUAGAUUUGUCAUAAUGACAGUGUCACCACCACAGUACUGCAGUGCUAUAUUUAUGUUAUAGAAGCCAUGCGUCCCUAUGCUAAAACGUACAUGUCGCGCAUAGCGCUAUGCACACACAUACAGUACUUGUGAGAAGUGCACGAUGCUUGUUUCCUAGGUCAGCCUUGAUUUAAGCUGUAUUUUCAUUGGAUCAAGAUGAAGGGUAUCUCUACCUUGGUCAAAUGGCUGUUCACACUUGAAUUUAUAAUAUUAAGUUGUAGGUUUUAAAGCCCUGUCCAGACUAUCAAAUUUUAUUUGACAAAAACAGGUGACAUGCCAAAAUGUGGUCAUGAUGACAUCACACUAUUACCAUAAUAUAUGGGCAUACAACAGUUUGAUAAUCUGAACAGUUUGACAAACAAAAAUUCCAAAUCCGAACAGGUUUUAGCAACACUAUAAGCAUUGAGGAAAUAUUAUUUCCUCCAUGCUAUAAGUUAUAAACAAAAAUCUCACUAUUGUUUAGUGACAAAAACAUCUGAUCCUGGUUAUGUUUAAGUGGAAAUUCUACAUGGAGACUAGAUAUUUCUAAUUUGACUGACAUAAUAAUCCACAUGAAUAAAUUACUCCAUACGUUAUAGUAAUGGCGUGUAGAUUGGCAUCUAUAAAUAGUGUAUUGCAUCCACUAUGAACCCACGUCGGCUAACAAGUGUUGGUGUAGUGUGGGGCCGGCUGAAAUAUAUUUCGAUGGAAUAAUAACAUUAGUACACAUACUGCAGUGCAUACUGUACUCAGAAACUAGGAAUACUUCUAAAGCUGCGAUUAGGUUAAAUGCAAAAUUAAGUAUUGUUUUUCUUGUUUGAAUAACUUUACUUUUGAUAUACUGUAUUACACUUUUUAAGAAACUAACAUUUUCUUUAAAUGUUGUACAUAAAGAGGAUAGUAGUGUAUUAUCUAUAAUAGUAAAUAUAGCAUUUGCCUUUAUAUCGUCGCUCACAUCACGAACUAACACAAUCAAAGUAGGUUGUGUUAGUUCGUGAAAUCACAGUAGCGCGUCAAAACGAGUGCGUAUUGGUUGUCAAGCAAUUUUGUAUUCUUUACCACACAAAAAGUCCUUAACAACAACAGCGCGUAUUUUGACGCGCUUUUUUGAUUUCACGAACUAACACAAUUGAAUUUAGUUGUGUUAGUUCGUGAUGCGACGAUAUACAAGUCUGUUUAGAAUACAUUAUAAUUCUCUAUACUUUGUUGUUGUCAAAAUGUUUUAUUUUAAUAAGAUAAGAUUCUGUAGAUUUUGAUUUCUUUGAAUAACUCAUUUUUAUAAAAUAGUAAAAUGCAUGAAGCAGUAAUUAAUAAGAAAUAACAAAUGUGUGUGGGCAUCGUCCUACACCACCUGAUGAAGGGCGAUGACCAAAAAUGUUUGUGUGGUAUUUUCCAUUAAAAGUUACAGCAGUCUUGCUUCAUGCAUCUGACUAUUAUUGACGCCAAUUCAUUAACAUAAUUGUUUGAGUAUAUAUUAUACAGUUACUUUCACAUGAUAGUGAACCUAGUUGUGACACAUUUAACUAUGUUUAUUGUACUGCAAAUGAUUGAUUAUACAGUAUUUUAAUCCACUCUAAUUCACUUCAUUAUUAACUGUGCAAAUUUGUAAGUGGUAUUUACUUCUUAAAUAAAAUUUGUGAAAAUAUAAUUUUUCAGUGAUGGAGCAACAAAUAGAGUGCACUAUAGUAAUGACAUUUAAAGAUAUUGUAAUCAGUGUUUUUAUUUUGUAUUUAUUCUAUUAAGCAAUACAGGUAAAAUGCACUUAAAUAGCUCAUGAACUAAGACAUUUUUUUUUAUGUUGGAAGCAAAUUAUUAUGGAUAUGGGGAGGGAAUUAAUACAAAACAAAGCAAUGUAUAAUAUUUUUUUUAAAUAAUUGAUAUUAAAAUGAUUUUUUUAAUAUUUUGGAUUAUUUGUAAUUAAAAGAAAUUGUUAACUUGCAUCAUUUCAAAACAGAUUGAAAUUUUGCAGGUGAAAAAUUUUGUGUAAAUUACAAAGAAUUGCUCAAUAUCAGAAUAAAUUAUUAAUAUAUUGUGCAGUGGUUUUGAGAACAUUCCAAAACAAGAGACAUGGUAUAAAUUUCUGUAUUAUUUUUGACAGUACAGUGCUGUACCUUGAUGUAUAUUGUUUAUACUGCUUUCAUGUCUGAAAUUGAAAAUCCAUGACCCAUCAUCUUGAUAAAUGUAUAACAGUGUUUUAAUGUAAUAAAUUGUAACCUUUGGAGUUUA